AUGAUUCAGCUGUUCGGUGUCCCCACAUUGCUUAUAGUCAUAUCAGCAGCUGAAACGCAAUGGCUUCAUUUAAUAGAACAGAUUAAAAACACAGUUGACCAAAAGGAAAUGUCUCUUGAGGAAUCACAAAAUAUUCCAUACGCAGAAAAAGUGCGACUCAUUCAGUCCGACCCAUUCACAUGUGCUACUUUUUUCGAAACAUCUCUCGUUGGGCCUUUUGGUGAACGUGAAAUAAGCCAUCAAUACCAUCGAAUAGAAUUCCAAAGCAGAGGUUCUCCUCAUGCCCAUAUGAUGUUGUGGAUAGAAGAUGCGCCUAUCUUCAUUCGUGGAGAUCAAUCAUCAACUGAAAAGGUUACAAUGUUUGUUGACCAAAUCAUAUCCAGCAAUAUUGAAGAAUUAAAUGAAGACUUAGUUAAGAUACAAACUCAUAAACACACACAUUCAUGUCAUCGCAAACUAAGUCGUCCUUGUAGGUUUGGAAUACCUUUUUUUUCAAUGGAUAAGACACGUAUUCUGACAUCCCUGAAAGAAGAUAAUCCACGCUUAAAAGAAUGGAAAGAAAUAUCUAAAAAGUGGACUUGA